AUGGAGGAUGCGAGACCCAUGGGCCUGGAUGAUAUCGCUUCGGUGCUUCCAGCCGCAGGACCUUUCCGCUGGGCGGACGACGCUGAUGCUCCAGACCAUUUCCUGAAAGAGAUGAUGCACUUGAUCCAGCCAGGCUUCAGGGAACAGCUCGUCCCCUUGCUGGAGUCACGCUUUCCUGGCGCUAGCCAUCCCUGCGCAGAGGAUGUGGCGCGGCAUUGCCCUCGGCAUAAGACAGAUGCUCCACUGCACUGCCUAGGACUGCAUGCCCAACACGUGUCCGCUGCAUGUGUGGAGGAGGUCCAACACGCAGUGCCGUUUGUCUGCAGCGAGGAAAUCCACAGGUUCUGCAGCCACCGGCACGAUCAAGGUGUCCUCGGCUGUUUGGAGGAGCAUGGAGUCCAUCUGGGCAGCCGCUGCGCUGAUGCGGUGGUGGCAGCUCGACAUACUUUGGCAAGCCUUGAGUGGUCACACAAGCGAGCUGCUGCUGCAGUGUCGGGUGACCAUCACCAUCAUAAGGUGACUGACCAAGCUGGUAAUCAACAUCAGCCGCACCAAGCUCAACCGCAUCAUCAUUCUCCGCACGGUCACCCUGAUGACUCCAAGCAUUGUCCACCCGGUUGGGAUGGUCCCAAGGCGGCUGCCUGCUGCAUUCGACGCUGGUCAGCUCACUGCGGUCUUACCUGCAGUGUGUCUGAUUGCAGUGCAGCUGCUGGCUGGGAGUUCAGGUGGGCUGACUUCAGAACCCAUCCCUACAUUUGCUGCCCCAAGGCUGCACGACGGCAUGCUGAGUAUCUGGGUGGGCAGCAGAUUUGCCCUGAGGGCUGGAAAGUGGAAGAGCAUGGCCAUGGCCACUGCUGUAGGAAGCCCUGGACCUGGGAUUGUGGAGAGCACUGCGCGCACGCGCAGUGCCAACACAACAUCGCGCUUGCUUGGCAUCCCGUGGAUGACAAGACGGAAGAGUACAAGUGCUGCCCGGAGAUGCCGGCCGGAAUAAAGGUUGACGGGAGCUUCGAGAAUGUUCAAGAGUCGGUAAGCCACGGUGAUUCUGCUCUCCUUGAGCUGGAUAGCAUGGGCUCGUCUUGGAUUUCCAGGCCCUUUGACCUGUCUGGGGUGACACCAUCGGUUGCUGCCGUUGCAGCCGUUGGAGUCCUGGCUGUCGGCUUGAUGCUGUUCGCCUGUAUUGGCUCUCAAGGAGCUUCAUCCAGGCGUUCACGUGAGCACAAGGACCACUGA